UUUGGUGAUAACUCGUCUCGCAUAAAACUAAUUUGCAGGUGAUUUAGAUGUACUACUACGGUUGUUAGUUGAGAACAGAGAAAUAGCGCUGCAGUGAAACUGGCAAAAUACAGCACCAAAAUCCCCCCAAUUGGAAGAGCACCCCCAAGCCAUGGAAUUGAAUAGACGACAGUCGUUAGCCUCGCGAAAGUCGGUUGGAAAGUUCAACCAGCUAAGCUUUGCAGGAAACAAAGAUAGCUGGCAGGUGGAACGUAACAACUCGGACGUGUACAGCACAAACUUCCCCAGUAGCCUGGGUGUCCAACUUCCCCAAGGAUCCCAGACAAGAACACCCACGGCGAAGGCAGACUUGAACCCCAGAAACAUCGUCAAAAAAGUGGCAGAAUUGCAGGAGAAAGUCAUGGUCUCGGGUCAGCUUACCCAGUUCCAGAAAACCAGCUUGAGCGACACAUUGGCUGCGUUGAACACCUUCGUAUACUCGUUAGCUGCACAAUAUCCAGACAACGAAAUCCCAUUCGACAAUUUUACCCGUAUUCAGAACUUGUUAUGGAGUCUAGCACAGCUCGUACAGAACGCCACUCUGAACAGUUCCCGUGGACCCAAGUAUGGAAUUUUUCAGGAUAGACUCUCCAACCUUUCACCGUCGAUCUCGUCCAAAUCGAAUUAUGACGAUGACUUAAUCCAAGCAUCACGAUUGAGUGUCAACUCCAUCAGCAAACCUCACCAGCAUGCCCAUCCGGCACCUGCAAACCUUCAAUUCUCCAAUGCUCUAGACGUACACCAACGCAACCAAGCAUACCAGCUGCCUUCACUUCAAUACCCGCACGCUUCGCUCGAUAACCUACCAACCUUACAACAGGAGCCACAAUACCCCUAUCUCAACCACCAGUACCCAGGCCUGAGGUCCAUAAGCCCCGUGAAAAAUGCCAGCCAUCAUUCAUCUAUGCCAUUGCGUGAGCCAUCUCCUGUAUUGCCCGAUGACGGCACCGACAGUGAAUUUGAAGACGAGGCCGAUGAAUACGGUAGGGCCUCUUUACCAGAGACUAGCAACAGAGGAGGUGCGGCACCAGGUGUCUUCGCAUACAAUGGCAUGAACACCCCGGGCCAUACUCCUAGCCAUGAUAAUAUUCCAUACACUACAGAAAAUAGAAGAUCCACUUUCGAACAUACGAUUCAAGGAAGAGGGUCUGCAUAUGUCACUCCCCCAGCAAAGGAGUCCCUCAAGAAGGUACCAAUUGACUUUAAACAUCCAUUUCCCACCAGAAAUGAGUUUGAUAUGGGGCACGAAGUCCGGGGAAGACCCCAGUCGAUGCACUUGCUCCAGAGAGGACCUGGUCUUGGAGGCGGGGCCCCAUCAUUCUACCGCAACUCGUACGCCCAACCGAACUUCGGCCAGACCAGAAGCUUCGAUGAUUGAAUUACAAAACAUUAACGUAGUAAUAUAAGAUUAAUGUAUAUAUACAGGAGGGACUUUAUGGUGAAUAUGUUGUGGAGUAUACUGAUUCUUUGUGUGUAGUUCCUUGGGAAUUGGUGAUGACGCAUGCUUACUCUAAGGUGACCUUGGCACCCAAACCUUCCAAGGUGGCCUUGAUCUUGUCAGCGUCUUCCUUGGCAACAUUUUCCUUCAAGACCUUUGGAGCAGAUUCAACAAACUUCUUGGAUUCAACUAAGGACAAUCCCAACAAACCCUUGACUUCCUUGAUGACCUUUGGCUUGGACUUGGCGUCAAAGGAUUCCAACUUGA